AGCUUCUGGUUCGUUCUUCAAUUGUUACUAAUUGAAAACUAUAUUUUUGUUUUGCUCCAUAAGCUUUUCUUUUUUUUUUAAAGAUUUUGGAUGAUGUUGGCUCAAGCUGUCUUUAGAUUCUUACAUAUCAUAACCGAUUUCAUAUUCAUUGCUUUCGUGGCUGUCUUCUCUCUGCGUCUCUUCUUAAGAUUUGCAGCUUUCCUCGUCAGACGUCCCUGGCGUCGCCACCGCACAUUCACGGCGGCAACGAACGAUCGCUCGUCUCCGCCGUUCUGCGCCGUGUGUCUACAAGAGGCAGAGGAAGGAGAGAAGAUGAGGCGAUUGACGAAGUGUCGUCACUGCUUCCACGCCGAAUGCAUCGAUCCAUGGCUCGGUGAAAUGUCGACGUGUCCGUUGUGUAGAGCUGAGAUUCCUCCUUUACCGCCGGAGAAUCCUCUGCUCUUACUGUUUGUUCCGGCCGGUGUGAUCGAUUUAUUCAGCAACAAAGAGUUUCGAUGAACCAUCCCCGUCAGAUUCUACGUAUUCUCUAAUUUCGAAUUCAAUGUUUCCUGAUUGACAACAUGAUUUGAUGAUUUUCUUGUAUAAAAUAAAAUUUUAAGAAAUUUUAAAUAAAUCGAGGCCUUUACU